GGCUUGGAGGACAUUGUCCCUGCCAGGGCACAGCCAUCAGUCGCUAAUCCACAGUCCUGGAAUGUCUGUAGGCCAAUCAGCAGGGUCUUUGGGGACUCCCUGAGGGUGCUAAUAAUCCUACAAUGAUUAGCAGGGGCCACAGGGUCAGUGCACACUGCUCUGCUUGCUGUUGUGGAGCAGAUUGGUCAGACACUGAAGCUGGAGUAAGGCAGCGUUUAGAAGGGCUCUAUGUCUCUUUUGAAGCCCCUGCACCACUGAGAGGCGACUGUUUGGGCACAAUGAUGACUCACUAGCCUCUUCCUUUUGUCUGGAAGCUUAGCCUGACUCUUUGAGACUGUGAAUAGCUUCAGGAAGCCUGGGAGGCUAGUUGGACUGCUGAGAGAAGCCAUGUCUACAGCACUAGGCAGGCCAAAGAUUCAUCCAGAGCCUUCCCUGGGGUUGGGAGGCCAGAGCCGAUGGCUUGGUCUCCUGCUUGUGCUCCUAUCUCUCCUUGGCAUCACCUGGACAGAGGUGCAGACACCUCAAAUGGCAGAGCAGGCUCCAGCUCUCCAAGCCCUGAGCAAGAAGGAGAGCUUCUUAAUCCUCUCCCUGCACAACCGUCUGCGCAGCCAGGUCCAGCCUCCUGCAGCCAACAUGCAGAGAAUGGACUGGAGUGAGAGCCUGGCCCAAAUAGCUCAAGCCAGAGCAGCCCUCUGUAGCACUUCAGCCACCCCAAACCUGGCAUCUGCCCCACAGCACACCACACAAGUGGGCUGGAAUGUGCAGCAAUUGCCCGCGGGCUCGGCAUCCUUUAUCGAAGUGGUCAACCUCUGGUUUGCUGAAGGGCUGCAGUACAGACAUGGUGAUGCUGAGUGUGCCCACAAUGCCACCUGCACCCACUACACGCAGCUUGUGUGGGCCACCUCCAGUCAGCUGGGCUGUGGGAGGCACCUAUGCUCUGUGGACCAGGCAGCCAUGGAAGCCUUUGUCUGUGCCUACUCCCCUGGAGGCAACUGGGAUGCAAACGGGAAGACAAUCGCCCCCUAUAAGAAAGGCUCCUGGUGUUCCCUCUGCACAGCCAGUGUCUCAGGCUGCUUCAAAGCCUGGGAUCAUGCAGGGGGCCUCUGUGAGGUCCCCAGAAACCCAUGUCGUGUGAGCUGCCGAAAUCAUGGACAUCUCAACAUUAGCACUUGUCACUGUCACUGUGCCCCUGGCUACACAGGGAAGUAUUGCCAAGUGCGGUGCAGUGUGCAGUGUGUGCAUGGCCGGUUCCGGGAAGAAGAAUGCUCCUGCAUCUGCGAUGUUGGCUAUGGUGGAGCCCAGUGUGCCACCAAGGUACACUUUCCUUUCCACGCCUGUGACCUGAGGAUUGAUGGAGACUGCUUCAUGGUGUCUUCCGAGGCAGACACCUAUUAUGGAGCCAAGAUGAAAUGUCAGGGAAAAGGUGGGGUUCUAGCCCAGAUCGAGAGCCAGAAAGUGCAAGACAUCCUUGCCUUCUACCUGGGCCGCCUGGAGACCACCAACGAAGUGACUGACAGUGACUUUGAGACCAGGAAUUUCUGGAUUGGACUCACCUACAAGACAGCCAAGGACUCCUUUCGCUGGACUACUGGAGAACACCAGUCCUUCACCAGUUUUGCCUUUGGGCAGCCUGACAACCAGGGACUCUGCUGGAUUCCUAAUUUCAUUCCUCUACUUAAGCACUCUUUAUCCUGGCUCCACAGGUUUGGGAACUGUGUGGAAAUGCAGGCAUCUGCCGCCUUCAACUGGAAUGACCAACGUUGUAAAACUCGAAACCGUUACAUCUGUCAGUUUGCUCAGAAGCACAUUUCUCUGUGGGAGCCAGGGCCCUGAGCCUGGCCAGGCAGCUCUCCACCACCCCCUGAGUGCACAAGUCAGUUUGUCUGACUGCUCACCUGUGUGAAGCAAGGGCCUGGCUGGGACUGAAUA